CUGUACAUGUGCGGCAAGAACAUCGGCUGGCUCGAGGGCUUCGACAAGUUCCCGAACCUCAAGUACCUCUGGCUGAGCCGCAACAAGCUGCGGCGCCUCGACGGUCUGGAGGCGAACUUCCGGAUCCACUGCCUCUACGCGGGCCACAACCGCGUCGCGUCGCUCGAGGGGUCGUCCGUCGGGCGUUUACUCCACGUCGAGGAGCUCAUCCUCAACGACAACCGGCUCGAGGACUUGAAGACCCACGUCGACAUCCUGCAGCGGCUCCGGCGGCUGAAAAGAUUGGACCUCUACAACAACCCGCUGGCGGAGGAGACGAGCUACCGGCUCCACGUCAUCAAGGCGAUGCCCUGGCUGGAAGUGCUGGACCAGAUGAAGAUCACGCCCGAGGAGCGCGCCAAGGCGAAGAAGGUG